UAAGACGUAUAACUUAUCAAGAGAGAGAAAAUGUAGAAAAAGGAAAGAACUUUAGCUUUAUUUAAGCUUUCUCUCUCUUCUUACAACCCACACCCCCACCACCUUUAUCUUCCUUUCUCUCUCCUCCGCUCUUUCUUAUAUAGAGUAGUUUCCGUCUUUCUUAGCCUUCCUUAUCAAGCUUUGAAACCCUAGAAUUUCUCGAAGUUUGAGCCUCCAUAAACUCUUUCUUCUUCUUUUUUACCCCCUUUUUAAGCUAAUAUUUAUAAUAAACCCUAGAAAUUGUGAGCUUUAAAUGCGAUUCUUUUUUGUAUCUAUGUUUUGUAGUACUUGAUUUUUUGGUGUGAGAAGGAAGUUUUUGUUGUUGGGUUUGUGAUCUAAGAAGUGAAAUUUGGGGGUUUUAUUUGAUCUGGAUUUCUGGAUUAUUUCGCCCAAAAAAUGUCGUCGUUAAGUAGGGAAUUGGUGUUUCUCAUACUCCAAUUCCUUGAAGAAGAGAAAUUUAAGGAAUCUGUUCACAGGCUUGAACAAGAAUCAGGGUUUUUCUUCAACAUGAAGUACUUCGAGGAGAAAGUUCAAGCAGGAGAGUGGGAAGAGGUUGAGAAGUAUUUGUCUGGGUUUACUAAAGUGGAUGAUAACAGAUACUCUAUGAAGAUAUUCUUUGAAAUUAGGAAACAGAAGUAUUUGGAAGCUCUUGACCGGCAAGACAAAUCUAAGGCUGUUGAGAUACUUGUUGGUGACUUGAAAGUAUUUUCAACAUUUAAUGAGGAGCUCUAUAAGGAAAUAACGCAACUACUAACUCUUAAUAAUUUCAGGGAAAAUGAGCAGCUUUCUAAGUAUGGUGACACCAAAACAGCUCGUAAUAUAAUGUUGGUAGAGCUUAAAAAGCUGAUAGAAGCAAAUCCACUUUUCCGUGACAAGCUGGUGUUUCCCACUUUGAGAUCAUCAAGACUGCGUACACUAAUUAAUCAAAGCUUGAAUUGGCAGCAUCAGCUUUGUAAGAAUCCUAGACCAAACCCAGAUAUUAAGACAUUGUUCACUGACCACACAUGCAAUCCUCCAAAUGGCGCCGUUCCACCCGCGCCUGUAACUCUUCCAGUUGCUGCUGUUGCAAAGCCUGCUGUUUAUACACAGCUCGGAGCUCAUGGUCCAUUUCAACCUACCGCUGCAGCAGCUGCCGCUAGUGCUAAUGCUUUGGCUGGCUGGAUGGCAAAUGCAUCAUCCUCUUCUGUUCAAGCAGCAGUUGUGACUGCAUCAUCCAUUCCCGUUCCCCCAAAUCAAGUCCCAAUUCUCAAAAGGCCAAGAACACCACCUGCGACACUUGGCAUGGUUGAUUAUCAAAAUCCUGAUCAUGAACAGCUGAUGAAGCGUCUUCGCCCUGCACAAUCUGUGGAGGAGGUUACUUAUCCAACACCCCGCCAUCAAACCCCUUGGUCGCUGAAUGACCUCCCAAGAACUGUGGCUUUUACUUUGCACCAAGGCUCUGUUGUCACAAGCUUGGAUUUCCAUCCCUCACAUUCCACAUUGCUGAUUGUUGGUUCGUCUAACGGAGAAAUUACACUUUGGGAGGUGGGAUCACGUGAGAAGCUGGUCUCAAAGCCAUUCAAAAUUUGGGACAUGGCUUCGUGCUCUUUACAAUUCCAGGCUGUCUUUUCCAAAGAUGCAAUGUCUGUAAAUCGUGUAGCAUGGAGUCCUGAUGGGAAUUAUGUGGGAACUGCCUUUUCUAAGCAUCUGGUCCAUUUGUAUGGUUAUGGAUCUCAUGAUCUUCGACAACAAUUGGAGAUUGAUGCCCAUGUUGGCGGGGUGAAUGAUCUUGCUUUUUCUUAUCCUAACAAGCAACUCUGUAUUCUAACAUGUGGAGAUGAUAAACUGAUUAGGGUGUGGGAUUUAUCUGGAAGAAAAAUAUUUAAUCUUGAAGGCCACGAAGCACCUGUAUACUCUAUAUGCCCUCACCACAAGGAGAAUAUCCAGUUCAUUUUUUCAACUGCAUCUGAUGGGAAGAUUAAAGCUUGGCUAUAUGAUAAUACGGGUUCUAAAGUAGACUAUGAUGCCCCUGGACACUGGUGUACUACAAUGCUUUACAGUGCUGAUGGUACUAGAUUAUUUUCAUGUGGAACAAGUAAAGAGGGAGAAUCUUUCCUGGUCGAGUGGAAUGAGAGUGAAGGGGCUAUAAAAAGGACAUACACUGGAUUUAGGAGGAAGUCAAACGGUGUUGUGCAAUUUGACACGACACAAAAUCAUUUUCUAGCUGCUGGGGAAGAUCAUCAAAUAAAGUUUUGGGACAUGGAUAAUGUCAGCAUCCUCACUCAUAUAGAUGCAGAAGGAGGGCUGCCUAGUCUUCCACGUUUGAGAUUCAACAAGGAAGGGAACCUUCUUGCUGUCUCCACCGCAGAUAAUGGAAUCAAAAUACUUGCAACUGCAGCUGGUCUUCAAUCACUGAGGACUGUGGAAGCCCCAUCGUUCGAAGCAUUGAGGACACCUAUUGAGGCUGCUGCAAUUAAGAAUGAAAGCAUGGAAAAAGCGAGGAUAGCAGAAGAGGCAAUUGAAACUAAAAUCAGACCUUGGCAGUUGACUGAAAUUGUGGAGCCUGCCCAAUGUAGGCUAGUGACUUUACCAGAAAGCACGGAAAGUUUCAGCAAGGUUGCUCGACUUCUUUACACCAAUAAUGGUGUUGGGAUCUUGGCCCUUGGUUCAAAUGGCAUCCAGAAGUUGUGGAAAUGGAGUCGCAAUGAGCAAAACCCUAGUGGGAAGGCCACUGCCAGUGUGAUUCCUCAGCAUUGGCAACCAAACAGUGGUCUUCUUAUGACUAAUGAUGUCUCAGGUGUAAACCUUGAAGAAGCUGUACCAUGUAUUGCACUUUCGAAGAAUGACUCAUAUGUAAUGUCAGCCGCUGGUGGAAAGGUGUCAUUGUUCAAUAUGAUGACAUUUAAGGUUAUGACAACAUUCAUGCCUCCUCCGCCUGCUUCAACAUUCUUGGCAUUCCAUCCCCAAGACAACAAUAUAAUAGCCAUUGGAAUGGAGGACUCAACAAUUCACAUUUAUAAUGUUAGAGUAGACGAGGUGAAAUCAAAACUGAAAGGCCAUGCAAAGCGCAUAAGUGGUUUAGCAUUUUCAACCAAUCUUGGUAUCCUAGUAUCAUCUGGUGCUGAUGCUCAACUGUGUGUCUGGAGCAUUGAUACCUGGGAGAAGAGGAAGUCUGUUACAAUACAACUUCCAGCUGGUAAGCCGGCUGCAGGUGAUACUCGAGUCCAAUUUCAUUCUGAUCAAACCCGUUUGCUGGUAUUCCAUGAUACACAGCUGGCAAUAUAUGAUGCCUCUAAAAUGGAAUGCAUCAGACAGUGGAUCCCCCAGGGUAUACUGUCCGCACCGAUAUCCUAUGCAGCAUACUCAUGCAAUAGCUUGAUAAUUUAUGCUUCCUUUUCUGAUGGCAACGUUGGAGUUUAUGAUGCUGAUACUUUGAAACUUAGAUGCCGUAUUGCCGCAUCAGCAUUCCUAUCUCAUGCUCAAUUGAAUGGGAGCCAAAUUUUGUAUCCACAAGUGGUAGCUGCCCAUCCACAGGAACCCUUUCAGUUUGCUGUAGGGUUGAAUGAUGGAACCGUUAAAGUGGUAGAGCCGACAGAGUCAGAAGGCAAAUGGGGAGUGAGUCCGCCUGUUGAUAAUGGGAUGCUAAAUGGCAGAACAGCCUCGUCGUCUGCCACAAGCAGUCACACUCCUGAUCAGGUACAAAGAUGAAAGUCGUGGGAAGUCUUGUACAUGUACAAAUCCGAAAAUUCAUUAUUUUGUGUAUUACAACAUCUGUUUAGUGUUUAGAGUUUAGGAUUUGUGGUCUUCAGAUAAUGUUUUCUCAGCAGGAACGCGUAGUCUUUAGACAUAAUUGGUUAGAGAGGGGCAUUCUUGUAUCAUUGUCUCUUGUCCAAUUGAAAUUGCACUGAAAUCUGUAUUUAGAUAUUGUAUAUUAGUUUUGUCAUCCUAAUCAAUGUAUCAGAAGUCAUUCCUAUUAGAAGUUCAGAUGAGCAAAUUGCUCAAGAAAACGAUCGUAAAAGUA